GAGGACGGGAUUUGCCGGGACAGCUAGGUCGCACGGGGCGCGGCAGGGGGGGAGGGAGAUUGAGAAAGCCCUUUUCCCACAAAGCCGUUGUGCGGCGGUCCCCCGCCCCCGCCUCCUCCCCCGGGCCACCGCCGGAGUGCGGGGAGCCGCCUCCAGCCCUUUAAGGGCCGAGAGGUGCGCGGUCUCUUUAAGGCAGGUCCUGGUGGUUUCUGUUUUCCGAAGGAAGUGACGGGGGGUGGGAUUGAAUGAAAAGUGCAAAACAGAGUCUCGGAGCGCCAGAGUCGGGGGCCGCGGCAGUCGCGGCGCUGGGCCGGUGGGCGGGCGCGGGGCCCCGGGAGCGCCGCGUCCGCCUCGAAGCCGCCGGGGGGCGCGCGGCGAAGCGCAGCCCACGUGCGUCCGCGCCACGUCUCGGGCCCCCAGCGCCUGAGCCCCACGGGGAGCCGCUGCCACGCGCCCCGAACUAGCCGGUAACUUCGCGCGAAGUUUGGCAGCGCCCCUUGCCGCACGCUCGCGGCCGGCCGGGCCCCCGGGGAUGCGCCCGCCCGGCCGCCGCGGGGUCCCCACGGCGCCCCCCGCGCCGCUGCUGCUGCUGUUGCCGCUGCUCCUGUCGCUGCUCUGGGCGGCGCGGGGCGUGGGCACGGGCCCGGGCGCGCCUGCUGAGCUGCGGGUCCGCGUGCGGCUGCCCGACGGCCAGGUCACCGAGGAGAGCCUGCAGGCAGACAGCGACGCCGACAGCAUCAGCCUCGAGCUGCGCAAGCCCGACGGCACCCUCGUCUCCUUCACCGCUGACUUCAAGAAGGAUGUGAAGAUCUUCCGAGCCCUGAUCCUGGGGGAGCUGGAGAAGGGGCAGAGUCAGUUCCAGGCACUUUGCUUUGUCACCCGGCUUCACCACAAUGAGAUCAUUCCCAGUGAGGCCAUGGCCAAGCUUCGACAGAAGAACCCACGGGCGGUGCGGCAGGCCGAGGAGGUGCGGGGCCUGGAGCACCUGCACAUGGACGUCGCCGUCAACUUCAGCCAAGGGGGCCUGCUGAGCCCCCACCUCCGCAACGUGUGCGCCGAGGCCGCGGAGAGCAUCUACACUCGCCAGGAGGACGUCCGGUUCUGGCUGGAGCAAGAUAUCAAGAUGAGUGGGGAUGUAGCCGACUCCACGGAUGCUCGCAGUGCCCUCGGCCAGGUGGAGACAGGAAAUGACCGAAAUGGCCUAGAUUUCAACAGGCAGAUUAAAACUGAGGACCUCGGCGACUCCCUGCAGCAGACCCUCUCGCAUCGGCCAUGCCACCUGAGUCAAGGAGCCACGAUGAUGCCUGGAAACCAAAUGUCUGGGGACAUGACCUCCCUCCAUCCGCUCCAGCAGCUCGUGCUCGUUCCUGGCCACCUACAGUCUGUAUCCCAGUUCCUGCUAUCUCAGACCCAAUCUGGGCAGCAAGGUCUGCAGCCAAAUCUUCUCCCCUUUCCACAGCAACAAAGCUCUCUCCUCCUCCCGCAGACUGGGCCUGGCCUGGCGUCCCAGGCAAUUGGGCGCCCAGGGUUGCCAGGAUCUUCUUUAGAACCUCAUCUGGAAGCGUCCCCACAUCUCCCAGUGCCCAAGCAUCUACCCAGCUCUGGAGGGGCUGACGAGCCCAGUGAUCUGGAAGAGCUGGAGAAGUUUGCCAAGACCUUCAAGCAGAGGCGCAUUAAGCUGGGCUUCACUCAGGGAGAUGUGGGGCUGGCGAUGGGAAAGCUGUACGGCAAUGACUUCAGUCAGACCACCAUCUCGCGAUUUGAAGCCCUCAAUCUGAGCUUUAAGAAUAUGUGCAAGCUCAAGCCGCUGCUGGAGAAGUGGUUGCAUGACGCAGAAACCUCUCCAUCAGAGCCCUCGAUGAACACCCCCAGCUCUUUCCCUAGCCUCAGUGAGGUAUUCGGUAGGAAGAGGAAGAAACGGACCAGCAUCGAGACCAACAUCCGCCUGACUCUGGAGAAAAGAUUUCAAGAUAACCCCAAACCCAGCUCAGAGGAGAUCUCCAUGAUUGCAGAGCAGCUGUCCAUGGAGAAGGAGGUGGUCAGAGUCUGGUUCUGUAACCGACGUCAGAAGGAGAAGAGGAUCAACUGCCCUGUGACCACACCCAUCAAAUCACCCAUCUACAACUCCCGCCUGGUCUCUCCCUCUGGAUCUCUGGGUCCCCUCUCUGUCCCUCCUGUCCACAGCACCAUGCCUGGAACAGUAACGUCAUCCUGUUCCCCUGGGAACAACAGCAGGCCUUCGUCUCCUGGCUCCGGACUCCACGCCAACAGCCCCACUGCAUCUCAAAAUAACUCCAAAGUGGCAGUGAGCUCCUCCAGUUUUAACUCUUCGGGAUCUUGGUACCGAUGGAAUCAUCCCACCUACCUCCACUGAGACCAAAAAGUUUCUCGGAAUCCACCUGGCCCUGUAUGCCCCCCUGGAAGGAAGGGAAUCAUGCCCUCUCUGAAUGGACAGAUUACUGUCAGAAGAGUGGAAGAGAAUCCCCACUGCCAUCCCAAGUUCUUGGUUCUUCAGGUGUGAGGGCCUCCAGAGAUCCAAACUGUGACUAAACCAUGUGCUGGCUCCCAGUGCUCUUGAAACACAUUCCCCCUCUCCCCGAGGUGUUCCCUGUUUUCACCUUCUUUCCCCGUGCUCCAACCCUCUAGCUCUAAAUACUUCCCAUGGUUUCCCUGUGGCAGUCGUCUUUCCGAGAAAGGAUACCUUGUCAUUAUUUUCCAACUCAUCCAUGGGCUUCUGGGGACGGCGGUUUGACUGGUGUGCCAAACAACCAGAGGAAGAGAUUAUGGCUUGACUCUGAACUUGGCCACAAUCGCUGAACUGAUCUCUAAAUUCUGUGAAAAGAUUGGAAUCUGAUGUCUCCACCAAAUCCUGGAUGCUUUCUGUUGAGCAAACCUUUCCGACCGAAUCUUCAUUUUACUCCAGGUUUUCUGUAGCCCCGACCCCUUUUCUAGAACCGAAUCCACUCAUGAUGGCCUUCUCUAGGUUCCCUCCUUUUAACAGAAGGCCGAGCCACCCUCAGUCCCCUGGGCGCAUUUCUCUGCCCAUAGGUGCUCUUCUGUGUGCUACACCUGCUCCAGAGUUCCGGAGUGUUAUUUCUUCUCUCCUUCCUUGUCCUUAUCUGGUCCCCCCCCCCCCCCCCCCGCCCUCCCGGCUGCAGGAGGAGGAACACAAAAGCAAACAUGUAACGAUUAUGUUGGCAGAUUCCCUGUAUAUAGCCCCUUCCUGUGUUUGCAGCUACCUUCCCUCCAUCAUGUGGAAUUUUCCAGCAAAAUGUUUAACUCAGGUGUGAAUUUUGAAGAUAUCUCUGUAAUAUUUUAUCUCCUUUUUAAAAAAAGAGAAAGAAAGGAAAAAAAAUGCCAAAGUGUGAAAUACUGUGCUAGCUUCCACAAGAAGAGUUCCCACAUGGGCUGGGAAUGUUUGUUGACUUCUCGGGAACAUUAUCUCUAGUCUCCUUCUUUGUGGGCCAGUGUGUAGAGAAGCAACAUGAAGCCAUUCCAGCAAUGGUAACUUUUUUUUAGGGAAAAAAAAAAAAAAAGAAAAGAAAAAAGACUGUAUAUCCAAGAAAAUGUUGAGAUUCUAAGGAAUCUCUCUGUUCCUAAAUAAAUUUGUAUAGUUAUGAUAUAAAUGAUUCCACUAUUGAUAAGAAAAGGUUUAGAUCAUUGUUCUGUGUCUUUUCUUGAGGGGAGGGAUAGGAGUGCAUAUAGUGAAACGGGAUUGGGGGAGCACCCGGCUGGCUCAGUCAGUAGAACAUGCAACUCUUGAUGGCAGGGUUGCCAGUUCGAAACCCACACUGGGUGCAGAGAUUACUUAAAAAAAAAAAAUGGGAAGGAGGAAAAUGUUUCAGGUUGGUAUAUUAAGUCUGUUACUCCCCGGACUGAUAUGCUAAAGAUGACAUACAUACAUUAAUACAGGGCUUCAAAGAGUUCAGGGUUCUUACUCUUUUUGACAGAACUAUCUUGAGGGCAGAGUAGCAGGAAACUGGUUGAAAGGGGGAAGAUUUUUAAGUGGGAGGAUGUUAAAUGUUUAAGACCAAGUCAUUCAGACUUUAAAGCUGGAGGCAGAGGCUGAAAAGCUCAUAUUGCAGAUAUCCUGAAGGUCAACUAUUAAAUAUUCACAAUGGGAAGCAACAGGUAUGUAAAGGAAAGCAUAAUCCAAUAAUCAAAUAUAUUUGGCUUUUGAAUGCACUGUGACUUUUGCUGAGGGGCUGAGGGACCAGGAAGCUCUCCCGAUGGUUUUUCUUAGGUUAAUAAAAAUUUAAAUAGCUACCAUUCCUGAAGGAAACAAUGACCUGUGGGAAAGGGAGGCCCUUCAAAAAUGUCAUGGCUCAUGGGGAAACACUGAAAUUGGGAUGAAACAUUUGUUGUGAACAAUAUCUAAGUGCAAAAUCUCUAUGUAAAUAAUUAAGACUUAACUGUUUCCAGUGUUUGGGCCUUAUAUUCAGACUAAUAUUUCAUGUCACGAAGCUGAAGAAGGAAGCCAACUUGUAGUGGUUGCUGUCUCGAGAAAAGAUCCAGUUGGAAGGGACUAGGUAUGCGGCCAAGAGACAACAAGAGGAGCCUUUGGGACUCAUUUAAAUCUAUAAAGGGACAGCUCUGUGACCCAGGAGCCCAUGGGUAGUUACAUUGUCCAUAAUGCUGGUUUUCUCUCCCAUUCUUCCUUCCUUCCUUCCUUCCUUCCUUCCUUCCUUCCUUCCUUUCUUUUCCAUCGCUGGAUGGGUACAAACCACAUACUGAUUUUCAUUCAUUUCAUCUUUAAAAAAGUUUUAUUUUUUUAGAGCCGUUUUAGAUCUACACCAAAAUUGAGAGGAAGGUACGGAGAUUUCCCAUACAUCCCCGCCCCUUCACAUACAUAGCCUCCCCCAUCAUCUACUAGAAAGUACUUUUUUUUUUUUUUUUU